AUGACGGAAUCAGAAGUCAUUUCCAUCGGCAGCUGGGCUGGCAUCUUCGCUGACGACAAGCUCGCCUCCGCCAUGGCGCAAAUACCCCCGACAACGGGCUUCUGCUUGCGCAGCACCGAACUCACGCCCGAGGCACUCAAAAUGCUGAAAACCAGUGGGAAGGGACUCCUGAGCGGAAAGACGGGUGGCGUCUACGAAGUCAGAAUACAUGCAGAUGUACUAAGAGUCAAAACCUUUCUUGGGCAAAUCGUCGAGGAUGAAGAAGAAAUCCGCGUCAUGAACUCGAUGCUCGGCCUGCAGCGUAGUUUUAACGUCGGAGCAAACUAUCGCUUUGCCAUCAACUCGCGGACAGGGCGAUACAUUGAGCCGUUGCUGGGGGACCGCCAGUCUCUGUCACAAGUUAGCUUCGUGCAGGGCUACGACAAUUUGAAGCUGCUCGGAUGGGAGGAGUUGAAUGGAGGAGAGGCUGCAAAUGCUGCGGGUAAGGCAGGCUCGUUUUCCGUCUUCUAUUUUGAUGAAAUCGAUCUGGGGGUCGCGAAACCUCGCAUUUGUGGCACGUCUGUAACUACGAACUUCCGGGCUGAAAAAUUGAGUCCUCCUCAGUUUGGUAGGAUUAAGGAAUGA